UGAAUAACCAAGUACUUUUCCUUGACCUUUACAUUUUAAAAGCUAGCCUAACGUAACUUCAAAGGAGCUGGCAAUUGAUCACAUGCCUGUCCUCAAAAGUUAAAGAACUGCAACCAGGAUAUGUAAAUUUGACACCCCAUGUUAGAACUGCUGUAGUAAAACCUGCUUUGCUGUGUUCUCUCUCUCUUUUUUUUUUUUUUUUUUUUUAAAGGUUUAUGUCCCAUGUAUACAUUUAUACAUACAGUCUGCAGAACAGCAGUAAGGCGAGGCUGAGAUUUACAGCUGUGGUUAAUUUCAACAGCAAGCUGCCGCAACACGUUCAAGAUAUCAAUAUUCUGAAGGUGACGAGCCAGUGGGAGGGAAGGGGGAUGCAAGAGGGAGGUGGAGGAAGACUAAGGUGCACAAGCACUGUGUAUGAGGCAAAGAGCAAGUGACUGAGCAGGAGAGUGAGAGGGUGUUUGUGUGUGUGGGAGAGAAAAAGAGAGAGAGAGAAACAGUAGUGAUGAUCGACGCCAGGCUGCCACCACUCUGUAGCAGUGAGUGGCUGCAACAAAAAAGCACAGAAUAACAUCCCUGACUCCCUGCUCUGCUUUUUUCUCUCUCUCCCUGCGUCUCAGCUAGCAGACGAGGGCUCCGCUCACAGCUCUGCAGAGGCUAUGCUGAGACUGAGCCGGCGUCAGAAGCAGGAUCUCUGGCUGCCAUCAACAAGUUAGGGUUGGAGGACCACGGCAAUGAAAAAGAAGCGCUUGAUCUUCAAUUAACGGUCUGAGCUGACACCAUUGCGGAGGAAAGGAAACAAAAGGGUAAAAAAAAGAAAAAGAAGAAAAAGGGAGAGGGGGGGGUCUGAUCACUGGAGUCGCUCUGGAUGCAACUGAUCAACUUAAAAAAAAAAAAUUUUUCAAGGAUUCGUGGGCUGGAAGGAAAAGAUUCAACCUCUUCUAUGAGCCUGGAUUUUAAAGGACUAACAAAAUAAAAGGAAUAAACAUCUAGUCGGGACAUGGAAUUUCAUAUUUUGUUUGAAUUGGGUGGGUUCAGAAUUGCUUUAUUUCCCAAGAGGCUGAUUCCUUUUGUGCUUAAUCAAAAGGGCUUUUUCCCUUUGGAUUUUUCUUCCAUCUGGUUGCUCCAAGAGUCUGCGGAAAAGGACAGUUGAAUGCAGCCUCCGAUGUGCACAAAAGAAUGGGUUUCCAUUCAAGGUGGCCAUUGGUGGGACCUGCACCAGCGGCUCUGUCUGUGAUCAGCAUGCUCCUAGCGUGCCUGUUGUCUCCUGCGUUGUGUACAACCUGCCCUCAAAAAUGCCGCUGUGAGGACCUACAGUUUUACUGCGACACCCAGGGGCUUAAGGCACCCCCAGAUGGUGUGGACAAGGGAGCCCUGGGGCUGUCAUUACGACACAAUAGUAUCACUGAGCUCAGCCCUGAUCAAUUCUAUGGUUUCAGCCAGCUCACUUGGCUACAUCUAGACCACAACCAGAUUACCACCGUACAAGAGGAUGCCUUUCAAGGGCUCUAUAAACUGAAGGACCUCAAUUUGAGCUCCAAUCGUAUCACCAAGUUGCCCAACACAACCUUCAUCCACCUCAUCAAUCUUCAGAUACUGGACCUGUCCUUCAAUCAGAUGACUGCUUUGGAGCCAGAACUGUUUCACGGACUGAGGAAGCUCCAGAUACUUCACCUCCGCUCUAAUUUACUUCGCACCACACCUGUUCGGGCAUUUUGGGACUGCCGUAGCCUGGAAUAUCUGGGCCUAAGCAGCAACCGUCUCCGAAGCCUGGCACGAAAUGGAUUUGCUGGGCUCAUCAAGCUUAAAGAGCUCCACUUGGAGCACAAUCAACUGACCAAGAUAAACUUGGCCCAUUUCCCUCGCCUUGUUGCCCUUCAAUUUCUAUACCUGCAAUGGAAUAAGAUCAGCAACGUAACAUGUGGCAUGGAAUGGACCUGGACCACGCUGGAGAAGCUGGACCUCACAGGAAAUGAAAUUCGUGUCCUGACCCCUGAUGUGUUUCAAACGCUGCCAAAUUUAAAAGUUUUGCUGCUGGAUAACAACAAACUGAGCAGCCUGGAUCCCCAAGUCUUGGAUAUGUGGCAGUCUUUGGGUAUGAUUGGGCUGUCCAGCAACCUUUGGGAAUGUACCAAGAGGAUUUGCUCUCUUGCCACUUGGCUAAGCACCUUUAAGGGAAGGUGGGAGCAUUCCAUCCUCUGUCACAGUCCUGAAUAUGCCCAAGGUGAGGAGAUACUUGAUGCCGUUUAUGGAUUCCAACUUUGUCAGAAUUUUUCAGUACCAGUUGUUCAGACCAUUAGUACAACAACAGACGCUAUUACAGCUGCAGAGAUCACAAGCUCCUUGUUUGGAAUUAUGCAGCCGACCCCCACACCGGACUAUGCAGAGGAUUUUGGGAGCUUUACCACAGUCACUACCACAACAAUCACAACACAAACACCACGCACUGCUCAAGCUACUACUGCUCCAUUGGAAGAGGCAGCUGUAACGGAUGACUUCGCAACUGCAGACAACACUGUUAUGACUCAAAGGGUUAUCAUGGGAACUAUGGCCCUUCUUUUUUCAUUCUUUUUCAUCAUUUUUGUUGUCUAUAUCUCACGGAAGUGCUGCCCUCCUACCCUGCGCCGGAUACGCCACUGUUCGGCUAUUCAGAACCGCAGACAGAUGAGGACCCAGCAACGACAGCCUAUGGCAGACCUAGCUACGCAGGUACCCUAUAAUGAGUAUGAGCCCAGCCAUGAAGAAGGGGCACUCGUGAUCAUCAACGGCUACGGGCAGUGCAAGUGUCAGCAGCUGCCUUACAAAGAGUGUGAAGUAUGAACUCUUAUUUAUUCCUAGAGCAUAUGGUUUGUCAUUUGACCAUUUCAGAUGAUACAGGGUUUGCUUUUUUGAUUUUUUUUUUUUCCAGUUUAUGUAAAAAGCAUAAUUUCUACAAGUGAGAUUUGAGAAUAUGUGAGAAUGCUACAAUGGCAGAGGUUGGCCAGUUACGGGACGUUGUAGAGAUAGUCACAAAUUUAUUUUUCUAUGAAUGCAAGGUUGUUCAUAUCAGGCAGGGGCAAUCAUUUUAAAGAAGAAAAUUGUAAACUGUGAGAUCUGUCUCCACCACUGUCUAUAUUCUGCAGCACAGAGAAACUACUUUGCCAAGUGGCCCUCUGCUAACAGAAUACAUUAAGGGAAGAUGUGAUUUAUGUAUUUUCUUUUAAAAAGUAAAUAUUUGAAAUGCUGUUUCUAACUACACCAUAGGCAGUCCAAGCCAAACAUUCAAUCACAGGGGCAAAUGAACAGAAUCAAUUAUCAAAACAUUUUGUUUUGUAGCUUUGUUUUGAGAGAACUAUAAUGCAUUAAAGGGCACUAAGACCAAACUCAAAUUAUGAAUUAUAACUGUAAAGUAAAUGUCAUUAUUGUUAUGUUAUAAAUAAAGAAAUCUGUUAUGGAUAGAAGAAUCCUGAAAUUCUAUUGAGUAAUCACUAAUGACAUUACGUUUAUCAAAUCUGACAUGGUUCCACAGUUUCCCACCAAGAAUACAUUUGGGUUGCCCAACUCAAAUAACAGAAAACAAAAAGAAGAAGAGAGGCUGUAUUGAGUAAGAAUGAGAUUUUGUUUUAUUUCUAAAAAUUUGGAUUUCCUCCUAAAUUUCUUCUGUGUGGAAAUGCAACUGAAAGUGUGGACUGAGAAUGGAGAAUUUAUGUUCAAUUAUAUAAAUUGAAAAAAUUACCUCUUUAAUCAGACGUUACCCCCGUGAAUGCAAAGCUGUUUUGCAGCCGACUCAAGUUAAUGGACGUUUGAGCUCCCACCCACGAGGGCUCAGCACCACAAAUAAAUUCUCAAUCUGUGGGACAAACUGAGCAAGUGUGAUUAACUUCCAACACACUACACUGCUUAGAAAAAACUCAUGGAUGUCAGCCUCACCUUAGACAUGGAAAAUUAUCUACAAUGAUCUGUACAUGGAUUCUCCAUUUUCAACUGCCAUACAAACUGUGACCACAGUAUUUCCAACAGCUUUAGGUAGUUGAUUACAAUUAACUGAUGAGCUAUAUUAUACCAGGAUCAAUAUACAGACAAGCUAGUGUGAGGGUAGCAAGUGACAAACGGUAAAAAACAGCCCAAAUGCCAGACAGGAGCGCAUUUUAUUCUGAAUACAAAACCCCAGUAGCCUGUGCUCUUUACUGCUUACACCCUAAUCAGUCCUGACAGGCUCAAGAUUGAACCAAUUAAAGCAAGGCAAAACGAACUUAAUAUUCUGUCACCCACGCCAGUGAUCUAGAAACAUUUAGCCAUGCUACCACUGAAAAAUAAUACAGUAUAGUAAUCCUUGUGACCAAAAAUCAUCCGUGAAUAUUUUUUUUUUUUUUUUAAGGUAUUGCUCUCGUUAGCGAAAAAUGCAUUUCAGGUCCUGGGUUAGCACUCGAAAGUGUCAAGUUAAACUGCGGUCAAUACCCUGAGAGCAAAUGGAGAUCCAGUGAUAAGCAAACAGCAAGCCUGGGUCAGGACACAUUUGUAUGCAGCAGGGAGAGGAUGUGCAUUAGCAUCAGACUAAAGCUGCUGCAGUAGCUUCGCACUUCUUUGUGUUCAAUUUGGUAGUGGGGGCAGGGUGAAAGAGUGGGACUGAGAGGAAUAGAUAGGACGAUGAAGACCGAGUUUAACAAUGGGUUAAUGUCUUUUUCUUAAAAUUAUCGAGCAUCCUUAUGGGCAAGUAAAAGUAGUAGAGAAUGGAAUGACAGAAUGACAGCACUUUAGGCGUGAAAUGUACCCUGACCAGAGUAGCAGCAACUUCACAGCUAAUCAAGUGUUGAGCAGUCCAAUGUUUGAACACUAUAAAAUUCAAGUACUCAGUAAGCGAUUUUAUGAUAUUAUUAUCAAUUCCUAAGACUAGUAUUUUAACUCGUGUUUACCAAAGUCUGCAAUUAGUGAUGACAAGAUGCAGCACUUUUAAGUGAGAUGUCUGGUUUUGAACAAUUAGGGUGCAGUUCAUUGGCUGAUGCCCCCUAUAGGUAGGGAGGAGGUACCAUUUGUGGCUUUGUCUUUAUAUUGAGCUUGUCAAAAUUUGGCUUCACAUUCAAAUGACUGCUUGCGUGUCAACGUGUCUCAGCACAUGCUCAUAGGAUGCCUACAACAACUUAAGAAAGUGCUUUUGUAAACCAAAAAUUGUUAUACUUCAUGUCUGAAUUGAAUGAAAGCAUUGCAUACACUGAUCAUAUUUUUAAAAGUCAAGCACCUCCAUUUUCUAAUUUAAUUUUCUUCCAGCUUAGCACUGCUUUAACUAUUGCCCUUCUAAUCUGUCUUGCAUGUUCAAGAGUCAAAAUUCAGUUGAAUAUUUCCUAAUCUCAUUCAGCAAACUUUAUGGGGAGACUUCGUUUUUGAUAACACCAAGUAUGGGGAUGUAUAUGGAAUUCCUAUAAAGUUCUGUCAAUCAUUAGACAUUUCACUGUUUAAGACUACAGUUGUACCAAGUGACUGAAAAUCCACAAAUUUGUAGAAAUAUGCAUCCCUUUGCACUCUGGCUCUUUGUAAUCUGUUUUUGUUUCCUCUUGUCAUCCUCUAGCCCUUGUUCCCACCCUGCCUAAAAAUUAAAAAAAGGAAAAGAGAAAAAAAAAAAGAAAAAAAAAAAAAAAAAGAACCAAUCCCCUCUCUAACCCAACCUCUUUGUGCAAAAUGAAUGCUUUUCUCUUCCCAUUUUCCUUUUGUAUUGUAAUAUGUACAAUUUCAUAUCUGUAUAGUGGAUAAGAUGUGCCAAACUGAAGAAAAGAGAAAAAAAAAAAAAAAAAAAAAAAACAUUGUCCCCUCAAAACAUAUAUUUUUUAAAUAAAAUGAUUAUAAUUUACAAGGUGUUUACCAACUGAUGGAUGCUCACAACUUGGUUUGAUCUGUAAUUGCACUUUAGUACAGUGUAUAAAUCGUGAUACUGCAAAAAUCUGAACAUCAACAAAGUGAAAUUCAACCCUUGUUGCUGACAUUCAAGAAGGAUAUUGUUUAAAUAUUUAUAGUUUAAAAAAUUAAAUUUUUUUGCUAUGCGGAUUCAUGUUUAUGGGUAUCAAAAGUCUUUUUCUUUUAAUUAACCAAUUAACUGAUCUUUUAGUUUACCACAAGCUAUAGGAAGCCAAGGCCAUCUGUACAAAGAGCUCUUUUUUUUGUUGUUGUUUUUUAAUAAAAGAGUCAAUAGUGAAAAACCUACAAACUAACACUACAAUUAAUAACCAGUAAUUAUGCUAUUAAAGCAUUUCCAAUCUUAUGUAAGACUGAACUGUUGAGAAUAUUAACUGCACCAAAUUUAUCAUUUUACAUUGACACUGGUCCUAUUUGAUUAAAUGCCCAAAAUUAAAUGACCUAUAUAUAAGCAUUGCAUUUACAGAUAAUGAUCAUCAGCUAACACCAGCAAUAUUUAUUGCUGUCCAUUUUUCUUGGAUGUCAGAGCAAAAAUCUAGAGAUUAAACUUUGGAAUUGGAAACUAUGUCACAAUGUGAUAUUUACUUACAUGAAGAAAAUCAAAACCACAAACUAAGAGACUUCACACUUUGUGUGGGCUAAUAGAUUGUAGGCAACAUUAAUGGCAUGGGUGUUUCAUUUUUCUUAGUUUUUACAAGUGACAUUUAAAAACAGUACUACUGUCUUUGAGUCUAGUUUCAGAUGAAAAAAAACAACAAAAAAAACAAAAACAGUAGUAGAUAUAAUUCAUCUAUAAUUCAUCGACGCAAAAAAAAGUCUUAAACUUCUAUGUGCAAAAUAUAAAAGAAAAAUACUAUGAAAGUGAAACAUGACAUUCACACAAGACAAAGUAAAGCAAUUUACAUAAAAACAACUGAAACAACAGAAAAGCCUUUGUUUUAUUAUUUCAGUGUCCAUAUUUUUUUCUACAGUUUUACACUCCAGUAAAUACAGUUAUUGGCUAUCUAAACUCUGGAUUUUCGAGCCACUCUCUAAUCUCUGCUUAGUGCAAGUAUUACUACCACUGCAAACAACAAUUCCAAUAUUGUUUUGAUUUUAGACACAGACUCAGUACUUGAAUCCAGACAACUUCCUCAUUUUUUUGGAUGAUUAAACAGAGUAAAAACUGAACCCUUCCCAUGUUUGUUCUCACUCACUGACUGCUUUAAAACAGCUAACUGAAAACAAAAUAAUAUCAAAAUAAACACUGACAGAUUUUUGUUCAAGGAGCUUUCUAUAAUUUACGUAUUUCUAAUCAUAUUUUUAGUGCGCACUUGUGUUAUAUUAUGUAGAAAUUAUAAAAGCACAGAAAGUGGUUAAGCCAUUUUCUUCAUAUAACUAUUUAAACUGAGGAUUGAAACAACCAUCAAGAAAACUUUAACCUAUGGUCUUACAUUUGUCAGAAGGUUCAGAUAAUAAACCUAAUAUUCUUAAAAAGAAUAUCUUAUUAAAAGACUCCAGAGAGUUUCUAGUACAAAUUCAAACAGAAGACAGCUCCAUAUGUGCAUGUGCAGUUUUCAAAGAUGCUGUUGUAGGGAAUAUAACCUUACGUGGCAUUCCAACUACAAGAGUCACUUCAAUUUUACCUGAUCUUUUCUGAUGGGGUUUACAAAAAGCAAGCUUCCAUAAUUAACCUGAAGGGUGUAGCCAAGUGAGGAAGGCACAAAACUGAGGAGUCUGACAGCAUAGCUUCGGCAGUGUGGUUCAAGGACUCAGAACCCAUGUAUGUUUCAGGUACUCAUUAUGAGGCCUCCAAUAAAUCUAGAAAAUGCUUACUAGGAGGGACACAUUGAUCAGGACUCUCAUCAGCACAUAACCCCUAAUGUACUUAUUGCUUAAAUUUAAAGCCAUUCUCCAAGGAUAUCACUGGCGAGUCCUAGCACAAACAAUAGAGAAUUACAAACCAAUAGAUAUGCUUGAAUAUUUAGCCUAAUAAGUUAAAAUCCAAUUCAAAAUUAGAACAGCACUUUUAAAUCACAAAAACCUAUGGCUGCCAUGUUACCAUAUUACAAAAUAUCCCAGACCCAGCAAGUCUGCCACUGCUGUCUCAUAACCAGAGAGAAAUGGUCUAAUAUUAGGCCUGCUUUAAGUAAACAGCAAAAAUUCCAACUCCAGCCUAAUCAAACCAUGUUUUCUACACAAAACAAACACCAACGUUGCUUACACCACUUAAACCAUCUGGUACUUAACUGAAGGAUAAGCUUUGUUUUCUGAAAGGUACCUAAGCCCUUAGUUUUAAAGCUUUAACUUUUUCUAUAUGUAAUAUACAUGUUCUUCGCAGUCUGUUUAGGUUUUAGAUUCAACUAUAGUUCCAAGAUACAGGCACUCAAAGACAAUGGCCUUACCUGACUAAUAACUGGAUUCCAUAUUCUCAGUUACAUCCAUUUUAAGAUGUGCCACUUCGGCUCUGAGGCAGCCACCUCUCUACGUAGACAGACACCAAUCCUUCUCAAUCUCAACAGUAAAGGAAUAUUAGUGUUGUAUUUGAAAGUGUUUGAAACUUAGAACAAGAUAAGAAAUAAAGGCUUCUUAGUUUGAUCUUGUCACUUAACAGUGUACUCACAGCUAGAGCUAGCUACUCUGUGUCAAAAAAAUGCAAUAUUGAAAGAAAACAUUUAAACUGAUGUACAUUCAUUGAAAAUAUUAUGGUGCUAAAUAUGAGUCUACCUUAAGGACAACUACCAUCAGAAGGACCAUCUGCAUGCUUAAGCUCUUGCUUCAGUAUUUUUCAGUAUAUUACACUUAUAAAUUGUUUCCCCAGCUCUCAAGUGACCAAGAAAGGGACAUGGCAAAAGGUCAAAAGUUAACUCAGAAAUUUGUAAUCUGAAUUAAUACAAAUAUAUUAAUAUAAAGACAAAGCUUGCCACAGCUGCCAGCAAAUUAUUUGAAACAAGCUGUCUAAUGCAGUUCAUAAUACACCCUGUUAAAGAAAGGGUGUAUCUCAUUUACCUGACAGCAAAGCUAAUCAAAAAGCCUGGAAUUCACCAGCAAAAGAUCAGCCCAUCAAUGAAAUGUAGCCUGAAGGGCUUUUACUGACAGACCAGUGUUUUAUGAAGGCUGUAAAUACAGAAAAGCCUUUGGGCCUCUAAAUCUUUCCCCUGUUACAUUGUGUGGAGUGCAAUUUGUUUUAAUUAUCCAUUGAGAUGAGAUUACAAAUAGAUAAAUUGAAAUGCUUUCACGCAAGUGUUUCAAAGACAGAAAAAACCAAAACCAAACAAACAAACAAACAAAAAAAAAAAAAAAAAAAAAAAAAAAAAAACCCUGUCACUCCGCCACCCCACCCAAAUCUUUUUGGUAAAAACAGUUUAUAAUAAUCUCAACCUCUGGGUACAAUAUCAAACAAUUUGUGUUUGUUUCUUUGUUAUUUGUUGUUGUUGUUUUUUUUAAAAUACGUCCUCAUGUAAAAUCAAUAUCCACAUUAGUGUUGUGGACUUGUUAGUAACAUAUAGCCUGUAAGGGUACCAGGUAAUGAAGGUACAUGGCAUGAGAUACAAACCUAAAAAGUACUUAAAAUGAGAGGCACGCACAGUGUAGGAAUAAAACAAAAUUCAUUUUAGAUGCCCAAGGCAAAAAGACAGCGAGAGUUAAGGAAAGAGUGAUGCACUAAGAAAAGGGGGCACAAACAAGAAGACUGAAACUGCAAAAGAAAGAAGUGAAACAGAACUCAGCAAGGAGAAAGCAGAGUGUGGGAAGAGAGCUACACCAAAAACCACAAGCAAGGAGGACAAGCUGGGUUCCACUACAUUGGCCAGGUAUGUCUUUUUUGCCUAAGGUGAAAAUGAUAAUAUAUCCUAUCAAGUUGAAGAAAUUUAAAUGUCAGUAGCUGUGUAUGUCAAAACAAACGUCACUCUCCAAUGUGAAAUGAAACCCUGACAUGCCGUGAACAAGGGAUGCAUUAUUAAUAAUAAGUGGCAGAAACAGUUACACUCGACACGUGCCAUGCCAAACUGUCAUGACAAUAUGGAAUAAUUGAGGUCACACUAUGUGGCAGUGCUGGGGCGACAUUACCCCCACCCACCUUUCCACUUCACUGGCUGAGUAGACAAGCUCUAGUCUUGUUAAAUGAUCAUCAUUAGCAUUGCCCUUACAAUUUCUACUCUGGGAACACGAAAAAAGAAAGACACUUGGACAUAUCCAAGUGAUUCAUCCGCAUAAUGUGCUCGAUACAUUUAGACAUCUGUAGCUAGUGCAUCCCAACUUUUCUAUUCACUUAGUUCCAUAGAAUAUAUAGCUCAAAUUUAUAAAAGACAAUACAACAUAAUAGAAUAGAAUACAACUUGUAUAAAGUGCCUGCUGUAUACAAGAUAAACAAAUGCAUUAAAUGGUGUUCAAAUCAGCUCAUAAUUUCAACUGCUCCUCCAACAAUUCUCAUGGUUGAACAAACAAAUGAAACAAGCAAUAAAUCACCUGCUGCGAAUGUGUAUAAAAGGCACAGUUUGAAAAGCUCAAAAACAGACCUAAACAGAACAUUAAAAAAAGCUUAUCAAAACAACUUUAAUAUAAACCAAGCUGGCUUUGAAACAAAAUGUAACAAAAAAAACAAAACAAAAAACUGUGCUUUCUACACAACAUACUAAUUUUCAUCAUCUAUCCAGCCCUUUUACAUAUAAAAAUUAUCAAGAUAAAUUUUUAAGAGGGUAUUCAAAUUACUUUUUUUUUAAUUAUUAUUAUUAUCAUCAUCGCUUUAAUAUAUUGUUGCAGCAUGCCUCAGACAGAUCAUUUGUAUAUUACUACUGGGGUUGUACAACUUGUAAUAUGCCUAAUUAAACAAACCUAUACAAAACUUAAUGAAAAAGAUUAACAAAAGCAUUUUUGUUUCAUGGCCUAAGGGAUGAGGAACACACUAGCACAUAAAUGCAAGCUCCAGAGUUUGAUUCUUGGCCGCUGCCAUUAGCACAGUUUAAGCUCAAAGCAACCCAAGUCGUACAACAUAAAGUGUAGUAUAACAACCCUACACUGAACAAUUAAUAUAUUAGUUAAAUCCUUUGAACAAAACCUAAGAUUCAAACCUUGAGUUUUACUAUAAGAUGCUAGGAAAUCGUUGAGUCAAAAGGAGUGCAGGAAAAAUGGAGAAGGGGGGUAAACAAGUUGUAGCUAGAGGGUAUGAAGAAACAUAAGGGAUGGGAGAGAGAAUGAAUGAGUUAGGAGUCUUUCCAACACCAUGAGCUGUGAGUGCAAACCCAUAUGCUGUAAUGGCUACAUACUGUUUAAUGACUUUCACUGCUUUAUCUGCAUUCAAAAUUAUCUAAAAUUAAAAGCACACUGUGGACAAU